CUCCAUUCUCGUCGACAAUGAGGCCGGCUGCGUGGAGGACAUAUGGACCCUUAGCUCGACUCAAAGAGAACAAUGCCAUUGAACUGCCUCGUUGCCUGGGCGAUCUUCUCAGUCUCGACUCUAUAGCUAGCUGGGGUGGGUGCUCUUUUAUACGCUUGUUCUGUGCGUUCGGGUGCUUCACCCUGUCCUCUUCCCUCUCGUGUUCGUGUUCGAAGUCGCUGUCUGUUCCUGUUUGCUAUAUAGACGGUUCACUAGGCUCCAGGAUCCGAGCCUAUCAUUCUUAUUUUCUUCCUUCACGCCCACACGCUUGACGCCUCCUCAGCCCGUUCUCAAUCGCUCGACGGUGCAGGCUCACCCAUUCCACGCCAAUUGGAGGAUAUAUACUUUUGUGCACUCGCUACAACCACGACAAUCUCUUCUUGAAUUCCGCUCGCUUCAUCAACAAGUCUACGCUCGCUUUACCUCCCUAAUAGUCCCCAUCCAAUACACUCAGAAUGCUUCCCCCUCGCGCAUACGUCUUCAUCGGUCUCAACGCCAUCCGUGCUCUUUCCAUCAUCGCUUGUCUUCUCGUGUUUGCCAGUAGUAUCACCACGAUGGUACAUGAUGUCGAGGCCGUUAAUCGGUUCAUUGCGGAGGGAAAGGAUGAUUCGUCGAAUUCGACUAGUAAUCUGAUGAGCUAUGAGUAUAUUGCUGACAGCACGGUGCCCAACCAACCGGCUGGUGCAUUCUGGGCCGUCCUCAACCGUCUGCUCAUCAUCUUUCAAAUCAUCGUCCUCAUCCUAUCUGAGAUUGGCUGGCCGUCCGCCUUUUUCGACCGGUAUUUUCCUGUGCUCGGGUCCGAGUUUGGCCUCGGUGCACUCGGUGUCAUUCAAUGCUUGAUUGGUGCCGCGGUCCUGUCACACCACGUCGACGACUUCUCCCUCGUCUCCGCCUUCUUCCUCUUCGCCCUCGGCUGCCUCAACAUCCUCCUCGGCCUCAUCUUCCGUCAACACGCGAAAUCCAAACGGUCCAUCUUCAACUGGCGUAACCACGCUAAAUCCGUCCUUCCCACCAACGUCGCCGGCAUCAACGUCGAGCGCGCCGCCUCCGCCGCGUCCGCGGCACACUCGUUCGCUUCGUCUCAUUUUGGGAAGGAGAAGGGUGCUGGGGCUGGGGUCGAUGAGGAGGGACGGAUGCAGGAGCCGGCGGCGGACCGGGAAGAUAGGUUUGCGGGCUUUGGGUUUGGGAGGCAGGGAGAGAAGAAGGCGGGUUUGAAGGGGUUUUUGAUCUCGAGGCCGUUGGAGAGCUUGCCGAAGUAUGCGCCUGGGUCGAGAGCUUGAGUUUUAUGCUGCUUGUUGGCCUUGCGCGGGUUCCUCGUCCUUUCGGAUUGCGGAUUCUCCUUCCCCGGUCGCUUACGCUCGCCUCCAUAUGAUGGCUUGUCAUGUCGCUUUACGAGGACACUGUGCCCCGAGACCCGUUGAACGGGGAGGACGAUGAUCAACGACGAACGCUGGAUGAUUUCUGGACGAUGAUUGUAGGCUGGGUCGUCUUUAGGGUAUUUGCGAAUAAUGGGCUGGUACCGGUACCGGUCGUCGUAUUUUGUAGCUCUUAUACCUCCAUUCCUUGAAAUUGUAGCGAUUAGCGGACUGUGAUUUUAUCUCCUUGGC